AUGCCCAAAUUCAGUCUUAGACAGUCCCAGCACAGUCCUAGCCAGUCCCAGCACAGUCCUAGCCAGUCCCAGCACAGUCCUAGCCAGUUCCAGCACAGUCCUAUUCAGUCCCAGCACAGUCCUAGCCAGUUCCAGCACAGUCCUAGCCAGUUCCAGCACAGUCCUAUUCAGUCCCAGCACAGUCCUAUUCAGUCCCAGCACAGUCCUAGCCAGUCCCAGCACAGUCCUAUUCAGUCCCAGCACAGUCCUAUUCAGUCCCAGCACAGUCCUAGCCAGUUCCAGCACAGUCCUAUUCAGUACCAGCACAAUCCUAGACAGUCCCAGCAGAGUCCUAUUCAGUUCCAGCCCAGUCCUAUUCAGUCCCAGCACAGUCCUAGCCAGUCCCAGCACAGUCCUAUUCAGUCCCAGCACAGUCCUAUUCUGUCCCAGCAGAAUCCUAGCCAGUCCCAGCACACUUGGACCUGGGUGGGCCCCAGCUGCACAAAACACCACGCGCAUGAUGUCACAGGGGAGGUUCUGGAACUGGGACCUGCCAUAGAACCUGACCGAAGAUCCAGCACACCCCAGAAGAUCCAGCACACCCCAGAGGAUCCAGCCCACCCCAGAGGAUCCAGCCCACCCCAGAAGAUCCAGCCCACCCCCAGAGGAUCCAGCCCACCCCAGAAGAUCCAGCCCACCCCAGAGGAUCCAGCACACCCCCAGAGGAUCCAGCACACCCCAGAAGAUCCAGCACACCCCAAAAGAUACAGCAGACUCCAGAAGAUCCAGCAGACUCCAGCCUGCAGCCCAUUUCCACCCAUCUCACGGCCUCCAGUACAAGCCGCUGGGCAUCUGUGCCAGAGACUCUGCAAGCUGCGAGAUAAUGACACGAAGUGA